AUGAUCAGUGGCAAAGAAGAGAAAAACAUCGAUCUCAGGUCGUUGAAAACAGUCCGUGUAAUCUUCAAUGAUCCAUACGCCACCGAAUCCUCUAGUGAAGAUGAAUCAAUCUCCGGCAUUAAUCCUCGCCGUCCGAUCAAACCAAAACCGCAGAAGCGUUAUGUCUCAAAGAUCUGUGUCCCCACGCUGAUCGAACGGUACGAGCCGAACUCCAGUUCAGGAAAAGUAACCGGGAACCGGAAACCUGUGUCGGGAUUCAAAGGUGUACGACGGCGACCGUGGGGGAAAUUCGCGGCGGAGAUAAGAGAUCCGUUUCAAAAGAAGAGAAAGUGGCUUGGAACGUUUACUACUGUUGAAGAAGCAGCAGAGGCUUACCAGAAAAGCAAGAUUGAGUUUGAAGAACAAUUAGGUCUAGCGAACCAAACCGGUUUGAUUAAAGAGGAAGCGUGCGGUUCAAGUAAACUGAAAGAGAAGGAAGUAGUAGAUUUGAUCAAGCCUUGUGGCUCAAGUAAACCUGAAGAGAAGGAAGUAGACUCAACCAGACCAUCCAAUGAUACUAAGUCAAAUGGCAAAACGGUAAAUAGGGGAAUUGCUGUGGGUUACAAAACAUUCGGUUUUGGUUGUGAUGAUGAUGAAGAAGAAGAUGGAACAAUUGGUAGAAUGUUGGAAGAUCAGGUAAUGACACCGUCGAUUUCGGAUAUAUUUGGAGAUCCGGCUUUUGAACCAAAUGGUUUGUGGGUGGAUGAUAUUAAUACAGAGGAAUUGAAUUCGAUUUUUGAUGAUUUUAAGUUCGAUUUUGUGGUGAAGGAUAAGGGUAGUAUUAAAACGAGUAAGAAGAAUAAUGACGAAAAAGCUGUCAAAAACUCGGAAAUUGAAUCAACCAUUGCAAAUAAUGUCGACGGAUCAACUGAUUUUUGGUUUGAACUUGAGUGUGAUCCAGUGACGGAUAAUCACCAGCUUGAAGAUUUUUUAGAGGAUGAUUUUGGAUGUUUAGCAGAGGCUGAUGUUGAUAGUUGGUUUAAUUAUGGUGCCACGGAUUGGAUAUGA